CACGCCCUUUAGGAAGUCUGCCUGCGGCUACGCCGGCGGUUGCCUCAUUUUUCGCUCGUUCAGGCAAAAUGAAACGAGAGUGAAUCGCGACCACUGUCAUCAUUGGAAGUGGGACACACACUGUCUUUAAAAUCUCCAUCGGCCACGCCUCAUAUGGGCGAGGGAUUCAAGAACAUCCAUCUAGACUCUAUACUCCCAACCUCAACAUGGAAUCGGACGACGAGGAGGUGCAGACCGGCCGCCAGACGCCAAAGGAGGGCCUGAUCAACGAAAAUGUGCAGUCAAGCAGUGAUAAUGCCGUGAAUGCGGUCGAUACGGAGUAUCAUAGCUCAGAAAAUGAGAAUACUUAUGAGAACCAUGGCCACAGCGAAAACGCCGCAGAAAUGCACACUGUUAACGUUCAAUGUGAGAACGAUAAAGAUAGGAGAUCUCUUGAUAACGUUGUGGAGGCCAAGACACAGAAACCUUGCAAUUGCCACACGCCGACCGAAACUGCCGCGAAGAGUGUCACGGGCCAGAAACACAAGAAAGAUACUGUCGAAGACACGGCGGAGACGAAGAAGUCUGAAGAGGCAGAUGGCACGCAAGGUACUGGUAAAAUCCACAACGGAAAUAUACAGCAUGGAAGGUCUCUGCAACAGUCACGCGCCGCACUGAGAUCUCUGCCAUUUCACCAGGGUUUCGUGGAGGUUCGGGCCAAUAAUGACGGUAGUGACUCAGAUGACCAACAUGAUACGAGACCUCAAAGAGUUGACAAUCUGUCUUCAUGGGCAAAGUCUGUGGUCAGUGAAACAAUGCCAGAGGAUGUUGACGACCGGUCACAGUCAAGGCUAGAAUGGCUGAGACAAAAACGGGAAGACGGCGAAGAGAACCCGUAUCUCGACCAAGUCAUGUCAAUGGUUGGUUUGGAGAAUGUGAAGGCCCAUUUUCUUGCCGUGAAGGCCAGGGUCAGGGAGAGUCAGGUAGAUGACCCUUGUCUAACGAGAUUCCGCCUGGCGAAGUUGCGACUUCACCUAGUUCUCUAUGGGAAAGAUGGAACAGGUAAGCCCCCUUGUAGAGAAGGAGAAAAUGUACCAUUGACUAUCUUGUAUAGGCAAGAAAUCCAUAGCCUAACUUUACGCACAGUUUCUCUAUUCUAUAGGAGCUGUACAUGGGCGGAAAUUUUUCGGGACACCCAAUCCCAAGAAAACCACAUUACGCAACCCCCCGACAGUUGUUUUUUGGGACGAGAAUGUACAGGAUGAAGAUUCAUCAGACAGCAGUGACGAUGAUUCUUCCGAUAGUGAAAGUAGCGACCUUUUUGGGGCUGUUCAUACCCGAACCUCA